GUUUACCUGUCUUACUAAUUCACGAGAUACUUCUUCCUCGAGAUAAAAAAAAACCGCAACCGAAACGACUUAUAAAACCACACGUACAUUGUUGUUGACUACAUGAAAUAGGACCUCGACGGCUCUUAUCAAACUGUUUCCAGUCCAUGCGAACAAGCAUGUUGAUUGGGGUGUAGGAAUGCCGGUCCUUUCAAAUCACGACAACCGCUACGCAAACCUUCGUUGGCCCGCUGCCUUUACCGUGCAGAAUACCGCGAGAUGUAACAACAGGUGUGCGCCAAUGAUAAAAUGAUGCGCACAAACAACAAUACUUUACUAUUAAGUGUUUAAAUACUGAAGAAUCUUAAGAAAACAUUUAAACAUAACUAUUUUGCUCAUCAUUCAAUGAGCUUUACAACAAAGCUUGUUUUUUUGUUUAAUGAGUUUUACAUGGUCAUUACAUUAUAUCUUUAACAUGAUACAACCACAUUGCUGAUUUGUCGCUCGCAAUAAUAUGAAUCAGCCGAUGAUACCGGUUCUGGUGCAACUACCUGUUUCUUAUCGCUAAAGACGCUACUCUCGUGAGAGAUUACGAUGAGGGCUAAUAUGGCUCGUAUGUCAUCUGUUGUAAGAACGCGGUGGGGGAGGUAUGGAGUCAUUACACAACGCCAUAAACCUGUUGAUUCUAGACGUAACACGCUAGAAUGAAGAUGUGUUCCACCUAGCUUCGCUCGAGUAGAUGUUUUAUAUAGUGCGAUUAACUGAUAGCAGCCUAUGUGAAUGUGUGUAUGUUUUAACACUUAAAACUGAGAAGCAAAACAUGCAGCAAAAACAUUCAAUAGUUUUGUCCAGAACAUUAAAUAGGAAUCACUGUAUCCAGCGGGAUUCAGUCCAAAAGAAGGUAUACACAUGUAAACGACCCUUACGGAAACCAUACAACUGAUACCAAUGUAGGUCAAAAAGUUUGUCUUGUGAGGAAUUUGCCGUUUGCUCUUAUAUUCUACCGAUUUUUGUUUGUUUUUUUUUGUUCCCCACUUAUUAGUUCCAUUUAUUUUAAACUUCAACUUUCUUUUGUGUCAAUUUAGCUGGUCACACCCUACGAUCUCUUUAAAAUGUAAUGAUCACUCAUGCCUUUCCUACGUUUGAUACUAUCAGUGCGCUUUGAAUAUGUGUUUCAUUUUUAAUGAUUUCAUGGAAAUGUAAACUGAAAUUCGUUUAAACUUUAAAUGUUUUUUUAUGAUUUGAAUAUCAGAUAGAUCUAAAAUUAUCUACAUUUUAUUCACGGUUUACUAUUUACACAGGUCACAGUAACUUUUCGAAUUUAAGAAAUUGGUGAUACAGUAAGUAGUUUUAGCGAUUUUGUUUUGUUUUGUGUGGUUAUUUGGGAUGCAUUUUCUGACAAUAAGAAAGCAAAUCGAUGAAAAUAUCAACAGACUAUUAAUGACUAAAAAGGACCUAUAGAAUAUUUUGUGAGCUUCGUUUUGCACGACAUUUAUUCAGGUUCUUUAUAAAUCUCUUGGAUUUCGCUUGUGUCAUUCCAAAUGUAUGCAAUUAACAUGUCGAAGAAAACAUCAUUUCACACUAUACCGGACUUCAAUGAAAUAUUUUGCUUUUUCUUCACUUAACCAUUUUUGGGCUUUUUUUUCUUAUUCAACACAGUUUUAAACGACACUCUAAAACUACAUAUACACAAGAGCAAAACGUUCAGAACAUGGUAUAGAACGCACGAGAUGAACAAAAACGGCAAUGUGAGGGUAGUGAUGUGUACUACAUUAUACAAUAUUUGUAUUUGAUAGCAAUUCUUAUCAUAUAAAUGUGUUAGAUAAUAGAUAGAUAAAUGAGCUAGCCUGUUGCAAAAUAUGGAACAUACAAUGUUCAUCAAAAAUGCUGGUAUAUUUGUGCAAUAAGCUCUAAGGCGAUGAUUAGUGAAUGUGUGUUCUAAAAAUUAACGAUAGAUUUUUUGUUUUUCUCUCACAGUUGAGUGGAAGCUCAUAAAUUUGGCAAAUGUUUAUCAAAAACAUGUUCGUAUUUAUAUUACUCUUCAUUUUCAAAUACAUUAAAGUAGUAAUACAUAGAUAACUUUUGUAAACACGUUAACAUACGAGCUUAUCAAAUAUCUCUUGUAAAUUAUGUUUGUAUUACCUUUGAAAGUCAGAGUUUGAAAAAAAUUAUAAAAGCUAUCUUGCUGUAGUAAACGAUGAUUGUAUACCCGCUUUGGUCCGAAGUUCACCAAUUAAUAAUCACCAAUUACAUAAACAACAACAACAACAAACGAGCUGUAACAGUCCCAUCUUUAAUUGUAUAAGCUUUUGAAUGAACACAUUAUGCUGCCAAUUCGUAACUCUACCUUUUUCAUUUCUUUUGUCAAUGAAAAACGAACAUAAAUGUUAACUUUAAAGGACCUCCUACUUUUGCCCUUCUCCUUCUUCCUACCGUUUCGUCGCCGACAGUUUAAUGAAGCGAACGAAAGUUUAGAUUGAGCCAGAUUGGAUAAUAUCAAUCCCUUUAUCAAUAAUCAUAUCCACCAGUGGACGGAGGGGUUUUGGUGCCCGUUUCUUUUGCACUUAUUCUCUUCCCAUUCCCAUUUUCACGGUCAUUUGACUUCAAACAGUCUCUGCCGAUCGGUGCAAUCGGUGUGCUCUGCUGGAUUUUUUUUGGGUUUUCGGAUAUCGAGCAGGGCUGGUGGCAGCGAACGGACCGCCCUUAUCGACGUCCACGAAUUGCCUUUACCUUAAUGCACACGCGUGCAUCUUCCAAGGGAGUCUUGAACGCAAGACAUAUCGUUGGCGGGCGGCACAUCGUGGUAACAUCGAUUAUGCGUGCAGUGACGCGAACCGUUGCGCGCGAAAGUGAAGGAAAAAGGAAAGAACCGCUAAACUUACUUGCUUGCCCUCGACUAGCCGGGCGCCGGGCACUGUUUGGUGCUGUUUUUUCCUUUUCAUACACACAAACCCAUACAAACACACACACUCACACCGUCACACGCAUUCAGGGUGGAAAGUGUAAUAAUUAACGCGCAACGCAUUCCGCGCCCAUUGACCAGCUACCCCUCCUUCGGCACUCGUUUAGGUUUCGUGAGUUAUCGGAUUAACACAAAUGCGAGACGCGGAGGGUUCACAAAACCACCGACUUGCUUGCGUGCAUUUGAAAGCGAACAGCAUACGAUUGAUCUGUUAGCAAUGGUCAUGUGAGUUGGAAUCGGUAGAAUCGGAUGUCCCUUAGGCUUGAAAAUGCAAUAAUACGUGGUAAUUUGGCAGAAUUUCAUCAUCUUGCAUCUCACAGUCGACCAAUGCGGGCUAAAUGUAACCUCCAAAAUUUGCUGCUACACCCCAUACCCAAUUAUUAACCCUUACCGUGCAUCAUCACACGCAAUGCAUAACACAGCGCUCGAAAGCCAAGUUUGCACGCGGGUUUGCUAUCGUGCUUAGCGUUAUCACGCUUAAUGUUGGUAGCGCACCGUACGAUCGCCUAUUAGCGCAAACGCUUACCUUCCAGUAGCAGCAGCAGCAGCUCUUAACAACACACUAGACAACACGAGGUACAAACAAGAUGCGCAAUGAAAACAAAAACCGUAAAUACAAAACUUAAUUGAAAACAAAACAACCCCGAAGCCCACAAAGCAGCUGCACUCCACGCGUCGUUGCAAAUUGGCAACCUUACUCUCUUGAUAUUGAACGUACCGCUUUGUGAUAAUGGCAAUGGUUGAGCGCAUCUUAUGCCUACGCGCAAAAACAUAGCACAUGUGAAGCUGUGCGAUGUGUAGUAGGUACCCAUGAUAACGACGUACCAAGACGGGAAAGCAACUUACGAUAAGGCGCAGAAGCGUUUGUGACCGUGGAGCAGCAACGACCGACAGCAGCGGCGGCAGCAGCAGCAGCAGUAUCGAGCACGAUCUUGCAGUGAGGCACAGUUUCCAGAAGCACACUGUUGCUCCCUCCUGAGCCGGACACCUACCCCUUGGCGGAGGUCCCACUGUGCAGCGCAGUAGUGUUAGUGCGACCAUGGCCAGUCCUUCGUAUUGGCGCAUUCUGACCCGCAGGAAAGUGCUCUCCUUCGAUGGGAGCUCGGAAAAGCUGGGCCGGAUACUGAAUACCUUUGACCUCACGGCGCUCGGUGUGGGCGCCACGCUCGGUGUCGGUGUGUACGUGCUCGCUGGCCAUGUCUCGAAGGAUCAAGCUGGUCCGUCGGUCGUGCUGUCGUUUUUGAUAGCUGCGGCGGCGUCCUUUCUGGCUGGGCUGUGCUACGCUGAGUUCGGAGCACGCGUCCCAAAGUCAGGAUCGGCGUACAUCUACAGUUACGUGUGCAUCGGUGAGUUUAUGGCGUUCAUCAUCGGCUGGAACCUGAUGCUGGAGUACAUCAUCGGAUCGGCGAGUGUGUCACGGGGCCUGAGUCUGUACAUCGACACGCUGGCAAACGAUACAAUGAAGACGCGCUUCCUCGAGGUGGCGCCAAUCGAGUGGGACUUUAUGUCUAGCUACUUUGACUUUUUCGCCUUCACUGUCGCGAUCUUGCUUGGCAUCGCACUGGCAUUUGGCCUCAAAAAGUCUACCAUGGUCAACAAUGCCUUUACCGUGCUUAAUCUCUUUAUCGUGCUGUUCGUCAUCAUAGCGGGCGCCAUUAAGGCUGAUCCGGAAAACUGGCGCAUAAAGCCGGAAAACGUGUCCAGCCUGUACAAUGCGGGCGAGGGAGGCUUUUUCCCGUUCGGGUUCGAGGGAACGCUCCGCGGCGCUGCUACCUGUUUCUUUGGCUUCGUCGGGUUCGACUGCAUUGCGACGACGGGCGAAGAAGUGCGCAAUCCGCGUAAGGCAAUCCCGCGAGCGAUCCUGUGCUCGUUAACGAUCAUCUUCCUCGCCUACUUCGGUGUCUCCACGGUGCUAACGCUCGUUUGGCCGUACUACAAACAGGACGUUAACGCUCCGCUGCCGCACGUUUUCAACGAAAUCGGUUGGCACUUUGCCAAAUGGAUUGUGGCCAUCGGGGGUAUCAUCGGGCUGGUGGCAAGCUUGUUCGGGGCCAUGUUUCCCCAGCCGCGCAUCAUCUACGCCAUGGCACAGGACGGGCUGAUCUUCCGGGUGCUGGGUGAGGUUAGUCCACGGUUUAAGACGCCCGUUUUUGGGACGCUUUGUGCAGCCAUGCUUACCGGUACGCUGGGCGGCCUGUUCGAUCUGAAAGCGUUGGUCAACAUGCUGUCGAUCGGAACGCUAAUGGCGUACACGGUCGUAGCGAUCUCGAUACUCAUUCUAAGAUUUUCCGAAAACCCCGAUCCAGCUAUUCCCUCUACCAGCACCCGAGACCCGUAUGAGUCAUCGAACCUACUGAAGGCACGUGAACGUGUUACGGGUUCCGCUUUCUUCAAGCAGCUGUUCAAUCUGUCCUGCAUUCGUUUACCGACGAACGUGUCCAGCAGUGUGGUCGGAGUGCUGGUGACAAUCUACUGUCUACUGGCGAUUGCACUUUCGCUCACGAUCUUUUACGCAAAAGACGCUAUCUUCUACGAUAUGGAACUGUGGGCCUGGAUACUGUUCGGAGUACUGCUCGGUCUGACGCUGCUUGUGCUGCUGCUCAUCUCGAUACAGCCACGGGAAAGGGCGGAUGCACCGUUUCGAGUGCCGCUAGUGCCGCUGCUACCGGGGAUCAGUAUUUUUGUGAACAUUUAUCUGAUGCUGAUGCUGGACGUCUACACCUGGAUACGCUUUGGCAUAUGGAUGGGAAUUGGAUUGUCGCUGUACGCGUUCUAUGGUUUCAAGAACAGCUAUAGAGAAGUGUACGCCAGCCAGUUCGGGUGGACCAAGCUGAAGUACGUCCACUAGCGGCGCUUGGAAUGCUGUCAUUCGAUUUCGUUUUUUUUUCAACGAUUUGCUGAUACAACCAACCAUAAAUAGCCUAGAUACAGGAAGCGUGAUAUUUAAGCAGCAUAGUUCCCAUACCACCAUUCCACCAACGUACCAACAUGGCCAUCGAUCAGGAUCAGCGGAAUAGAUUUAUGUUUAUGACUAAACUUGAUUGUAAUGUUCGAGCUCUGCUGGUAAGCGAAACGAGGUACAAGAUUUCGACGAUCGGUUUGCCAUGUUUGGUAGGAAGCAUAGCAUUAGAUUUUGUAUUCGUUUUGCCAUAACACACCGUUUUAAAAAGUGUGCACAAGACACGAGUUAUACAACCGAAGGCAAACCGCAGGGUUUGCGAAGCCCACGUAGGCUUCUGUAAUGGCUGGAUGUAGGAGAGAAAAUUCGGUAGAUUUUUUUUUUUCAAAACUUGAUUUUAAUUUAUUUACUGUGUGUUAGCAGGCACACGGUUUACUCUAGUGUGAAAAAGGACCAGUUUAGUGUGACCACGACGCGUUAAUUGAUUAGUAGAUACGUUUAGAUAGUGCUCAAUUCUACAUAGGAUAGGAUGAGUGUAGGACUUAGUACGAGCCUGUAGUACGUGGUCAGUACUUCGAACGAAAUCGGAUCGCUUCACUCGAUGGUACACUUCGAGACGCUAUACGAAGUAACCUGAACGAGUGAAUAGUGUAUACGAAAAUAAACGAACCACCUUGAUCAUAUGCGAUCGAGCAAUGUAUAA